AUGAAAUGCACUCAUCAGACUUCAUCGCAGAAUUUACCCUUGAUCGUUGUAUUUUAUAUUUACUUUUUGCCCUUUUCUUUCUGUACACAAUACACGCGAUUCAUUUACUAUUCUAUCUUUCAUUUAUUCUUUCCUUUUCUUCUUUUUAGCACAUCAUUUACUCCUUUUUCUUCCUUUUUAUUCUUCUUUCUUUUAAGCGCACCAUUUGCUAUUCUUUCUUUCCUUAAUUCUUUUUUCUUUUUCUUUCCGUCUGUGCACCAUUUACCCUUCUUUCUUUCUUUCUUUCUUUCUUUUUCUUUUGUUCUUUCUUUCUUUCCAUUUAGUGCAUCAUGUACUCUUUUUCUUUCAUUCUUUUCGCAUCAUUUACUAUACGUUCUUUCAUUUAAUUUUUCCUUUCUUUCUUUUUUGUAUUGUGAACUAUUAUUUUCUUGGUCUUUAACUUUUAUGUUUCUUUUUGGUUUUUCAUUCUUUCUUUUUAAAUAUAUUUUUCUUUCUUUCUUUCUUUCUUUCUUUCUUUCUUUCUUUCUUUUCGUACUUGUACAUUUACUAAUUUCUCGUUUAUUCUUUUUAUUCCCUUCUCUUAUUACACUUUUCUUUUUGUCCAUAUGUAAUUUUCUCUUUCUUCUUCACUUUUCCUUCUAUUAUGUUCGUUCUUUCUUUUCGAAGCCUUCUCCCCAUAUACAGAGCGUUGACAAAGAGGAUAUCCACCGUUGUGUUCGUGGCGUCUUAUUUUUUGACGAAGUUCGAUUCUACAUUGCUUCUUCUCGUUCUUCAUCGUUUGCGACUUGA